CGGCUCUGGUUCUCCUCUCUCCAAGUUCUCUGGCAGGUUUCAGUGCUAGUGGUUCUAAAGGCCCUUUCUCAGCAUGGGUCUGGUAUUCCGUCCUGGAGGUGGCACCAGUGAGGCUUAAAGCCUGAGCUGAGAUAAAGAGAAGAAGGAGAAGGUGUUGCGUCAUGAGCUCCAUGUGUUGUUGUGGGAGGUUCUCAGGGUUCUCAGCUGGUUCUGACCUGGUUCUCGGAUUCUGAAGUUCAGUCAGGUUGGAAGUCCGUCCCGUUCCCCCAUGUGGUCGUCGAGCUGCCGGUCAGGACUCUGUUUAGUCAGACAGAGAGCCCGUGUGGUCAGACUCCGUCCGCUCGGUCAGCUCUGCCCCAGCCGCUGGACUGGACCCGCUCCUCCCCUCCGUCCACUCCGGGUCAGCGCUCGCUCCUUUACAGCCUCCCCGCGGCUGUGGAGUGAAGCGGUGGGCCAGAUCCAGCCCACCCACUACCACCUGGUGUACACAUGCAAGGUGUGCAGCACGCGCUCAAUGAAGAAGAUCUCCAAGGCGGCCUAUCACAGAGGUGUGGUCAUCGUUACGUGUCCAGGCUGUAAGAACCAUCACAUCAUAGCGGAUAACCUGGGCUGGUUCUCUGACCUGGAGGGAAAGAGAAACAUAGAGGAGAUUCUAGCAGCCAAAGGUGAGACGGUGAGGAGACUCGAGGGCGACGCUGCCAUUGAGGUUGUUGUAGAAGAGACGAUUGAAGAAGCGCCGCAGAAGAACAGCGACGAUGGACAGCAGGCUAUACCAGUGACGGACGGAUUGGAGAAAUCAUGACAACUUAUAGAGGCCUCUGGAACCUGGUUCCCUCUUCUCUGGACAUUCAUGGACAUGAAAUUCUCUUUAGAAUAUAAGAAAUAAUGUACAUUGCUUGUGUAUUUUGCUAAAUAUAAUUCAGAGAUUUUUUUUAAAAUUUA